AGUCGAGUAGUCUGGCAGCCAAGUUGGUUGGUGGCUCAGCGUGCCACGGUCCUGCCAGAGCCAUGCCGGAGGUCGUGGAUUCGUGCUCUUUAGCCUCUCCGGCUUCUGUCUGCCGGACCAAGCACCUGCAUCUGCGCUGCAGCGUCGACUUUGCUCGCCGGACGCUGACCGGGACCGCCUCGCUCACUGUCGAGGCUCAGGAGGACAAUCUGCGCAGCCUGACUUUGGAUACAAAAGACCUUACAAUAGAAAAAGUGGUCAUCAAUGGACAAGAAGUAAAAUACACUCUUGGAGAAAGACAGAGUUACAAAGGAUCGCCAAUGGAAAUCUUCCUCCCGGUUCCUCUGAGCAAAAAUCAAGAAGUCGUGAUAGAAAUUAAUUUUGAGACCUCUCCAAAAUCGACUGCUCUUCAGUGGCUCACUCCUGAACAAACUUCUGGGAAGGAACACCCGUAUCUCUUUAGUCAGUGCCAGGCCAUCCACUGCAGAGCCAUCCUUCCCUGCCAGGACACUCCUUCUGUGAAGUUAACCUACAGCGCAGAGGUGUCUGUUCCUAAAGAACUGGUGGCACUUAUGAGCGCCAUUCGUGAUGGGGAGGCGCCGCACCCGAAAGACCCAAGCCGGAAGAUCUUCCGAUUCAGUCAGAAAGUUCCCAUACCCUGCUACCUGAUUGCUUUAGUUGUUGGAGCUUUGGAAAGCAGGCAAAUUGGCCCAAGAACAUUGGUAUGGUCUGAGAAAGAGCAGAUAGAGAAGUGUGCUUAUGAGUUUUCGGAGACUGAAUCAAUGCUUCAGAUUGCGGAAGAUCUAGGAGGGCCGUACGUGUGGGGGCAAUAUGACCUACUGGUCCUACCGCCCUCCUUCCCUUACGGUGGCAUGGAGAAUCCUUGUCUGACUUUUGUGACUCCUACCCUACUGGCUGGUGACAAGUCACUCUCCAAUGUUAUCGCACAUGAAAUCUCUCACAGCUGGACAGGGAAUCUAGUGACCAACAGAACUUGGGAUCACUUUUGGUUAAAUGAAGGACAUACGGUGUACUUGGAACGCCAUAUUUGCGGACGAUUGUUUGGGGAGAAGUUCAGACAUUUCCAUGCCCUCGGAGGAUGGGGAGAACUACAGAACACAAUAAAGACUUUUGGGGACACACAUCCUUUCACCAAACUUGUGGUUGAUCUGAAGGACGUGGACCCUGACGUGGCCUAUUCGUCAAUUCCCUACGAAAAGGGCUUUGCUUUGCUCUUCUACCUGGAGCAACUUCUUGGAGGGCCAGAGGUUUUCCUGGGAUUCUUAAAGGCGUAUGUGAGGAAAUUUUCUUACCAGAGCAUAACCACUGAUGACUGGAAGGGGUUCCUCUACUCCUACUUCACAGACAAGAGUUAUGAUAUGACUCUGACAAAUGCUUGUGUUGCCUUAAGUCAAAGAUGGAUAAAUGCCAAAGAAAGUGAUUUUGGUUCAUUCAGCGCAGCAGACCUGAAGGAUCUCUCUUCCCAUCAGUUGAGUGAGUUUCUGGCAAAGAUGCUUCAGAACGCACCGCUUCCCCUGGGACACGUAAAGCGAAUGCAGGAAGUCUACAACCUGAAUGCCAUUAACAAUUCAGAAAUACGAUUCAGGUGGUUACGGCUCUGCAUCCAGUCCAAGUGGGAAGAAGCGAUCCCUCUGGCUCUGAGCAUGGCAACUGAGCAAGGAAGGAUGAAGUUUACGCGGCCCUUGUUUAAGGAUCUGGCUGCCUUUGACAAAUCCCGAGAUGUGGCCAUCAGCACCUAUAAGCAGCACAAAGCCAGCAUGCAUCCCGUGACGGCCAUGCUGGUGGGCAAAGACCUGAAAGUGGAGUAGGCCUGGCCUCUGGCUGUCCCCACAGAGGCUUUCUUUAAAAGUGAAUUCAUAAAAAAAUAGAUGCUUUGCCUUGGAUAUCUUUAAAAAUGUCAUUUCAGUUUGGGCUUUUUAUUGUUUGCUUUUUUUUUGUCAGUGCUUUUGCUAAAAUAAAGCCUUAAGUUGUUUGUAAAAUAAA